GUCCGCUUCGCGUGCGGCCAUGCGCUGUACUGCGAGGCGUGUGCGCCGCGCGUGCUGGAGCGCGACAGCAACUGCCCGGCCUGCCGCCAGCCGGCGCUGCCCAUCGCCGCAAUUGGGCGGCUCGUGGCAGCGCAGACGACGUUUGUCCAACAGCCGCCCUCGCGCACCGCGCCCCAGGCUCAGCCCGUGGGCGCCACGGCGGCGGUCGGUGGGCGGGGGGGGCGAGGGGGGCGAGGGGGGCGCGGCGGGCGCGGCGGGCGGGGUGGGCGUGG